GAAGAAGACAAAUAAAAAUAGUCGCCAAGCGCUUAUAAAUAUAAACAGUUAAAAAUAUAAGCGUUGAUAUUUGACGACGAAUUAAUAUUUGAACAUAUAUACAUGUAUUUGUUGAUAUUUGACGACGAAACGAUACUUUGUCAACCGGUAAUGAUUGCCAGGCGUCGGACUCUGAACUGUCGAAGUUUUAGCAUUACAUUUAUGUAUUUAACUGACAGAUAGACUUAACCACGAGAAUAGAUAUAUAUAGGCAAAGGAACUUAAAGAGCCAUGACAAAGAACUUUCUAUAGUCACUUACAUGCAACCCUAUAUAUCGUAAUGUGGAGUAAGAUGGGCUGUUUUAGGUAUUUAAUUUUGGUUCAUGAUUUAGCAGCCAUGCUUUUUUAUGUGAUACUUUUGUUUGAGUGUUUUUUACCUGCAGCGUGUGUAUAAUGACUGUCGUUUUGUUGCUAACUUUCUUCGUUGUAUUCAUUAACUUGAUCUUCGCUAUUGUAUCUUAUCCCACAGUACUUAACGUUAUUUUAUAGGAUUUAUUCAUUGGAAAGUUUGGCGUACAGUAUGAGGGUAUCGCUCAACAAUAUCAUAAUUAACAUAUGCGUUGUAGUUUGCACUGCUUUACUGGUGUAUCUAAUUUCAUUUGGACCUUCUUACACGUCGAGGGUUUGCAAAGAAGUUUCUGUAAAUCCAACCGAUAUACAUCAGAAGCAAUCAAGCUAUAUCAACUUUACAAGUUUAAUAAAGUCGUUCACAAAACUUGAGUUUGGCUCAAAAGUUUGGCGGCCAUUCUAUUUUGAAGUGGAUCAAUUGUUGAGUUUAAUUGAGAAAGGGGAAAUAGCUUGGCCCGUUACAAUCCGCGAAGUUACUUCUGGAAGGAAUACUCGUUUGGUAAUAAAGCAACAUAACACAGCUGUAUAUAAGGUUGGAGAUACAUUAGUUGCCAAGGUAGAAGCAUACGACGGGUUGGGAAGGAGAAAAAGAUACGGCGGUGAUUAUUUCUUUGCCAGGUUGAUAAAUACAGAUGAAAAUGGAGACGAACUCGGUAGCGGGAUUGGCUGUAACAUAAUUGACCGCGCCGAUGGUUCUUAUACAAUUUCUGCGCCGUUACUCUGGCCUGGUAACACGACUCUAUUUGUUGAUUUGGUCCAUCCUAGUGAAGCGGUUGCGGCUCUUGUUUAUUAUAGCGCAGCGGGUAAAGAAAAUGGAAUUACAUUUGUUUCAACUUACCCUACGGGGGAACAAGUUUAUUGCAAUGUUGGGAUACAACCUCAGCCGAGUCAACCGUUGUGUGAUUUCUCACAACCAGAAAAGGGAGGUUCCUGGUUCUGUUUGCCAACUGCUGACGGUGGAUGUCCUGGUAACGCCAACUACACCCAAACAAAGGAAGGUUCGAGAGAUUCGUAUGUUGGUAAAACUCCACUUUUCCUUGAGGGGUCGACAUGGAAAAUACCAAUUAAUUUCCAAGGUGGUUCGAUUAUGGUAAAGAACUCAAGUUUCAUGGAAGAGUUGGUAAACUCCUUGCCGAUUUGUGAAAGUACAUCUGGAAUGUCGGAAGAUUCGUUCGAGUUUCGUGCUGGAAAACAUUCUGGGUUUUACUUGAACCACGAAUGGCAAUCUCUUCAAUGUAAACCACGCUCAAAAGGUAUCAAGAUCGGGGAAUGUUUGCGACAUAAAGUUGUCUAUUUCAUCGGCGACUCCACAAUGCGCCAGUGGUAUACAGUCUUGUUGAAAUUUCUUAAAUUCCAGGACCACCCAACUAAAAUGAGAGCGAAGCCCGGACACGAUGUUUGGCAAGCGCCUCGCGUCGGUUACUUAACAGAUUACAAUAUAACUUUCUAUUAUAGAUCACACGGAAAGCCUAUGUAUAAUCCAGGACCACCAGAAUCGCAUGCUUUUAUAGCUGACACUUUGAAUGAAAUCAAAACAGAUGAUGGGCAUAAUAUACUCGUAGUCAUCAAUAUUGCUCUUCAUUUUCAAUUAAUAGACCCAAUCUUCUACCUUCAAAGGGUGGAGGUUGUAAAACGAUCCGUUAUCGAACUUCAGUUACGUUCUCCGGGCGUGCGGGUGUUUAUUCGCGGUUGCAUUCGCCAUCGAAACAGCGUGAAAUUUGUUCCGACCGAGUGGUAUAGCUUCAGACUUUGUAAAAUACUUCGCAAGACGUUUGAAACAGUUCCUGGCGUUGGUUUCAUCGACACUUGGCAGAUGACAACCGUUUAUCCCAAUCAUAAAAACAUACACCCAAAAGAAAGCGUUAUCCUUGAGCAUAUUGCUCUAUUUUUAUCUUACUUGUGUUAAUUAUGGUAAUGCCUUUAAAGAGAGUUCGUGUCACUCUAUAUUUUAGAUGUACAAUUAUAGUCCGUAUCAUGCAAAAACAACGAUGCCAUUUUAUUGAAUUUGUAUAGUUUUUGAGCUCUCUUCAAUUGUUUAUUUUAACUCGUGCUUCUCGCUAGUAGCGCUCUUCCAAGGGUAGUUUAGUCACCAGAAAACCUGUUUUUUCUUAAUUUUACGAUGUCUAUGUCUCUUCGUUGUUAGGGGAUUUUAUAUUACCAUGACAACGAGAAAACUAAAAUACAAUUUCCUUAUUUCGUUGCUG